AGUACUGCUAAUAAGAAGAGCAAGCAAGAUGAGAGAUUACUUGGGAAAUCAAGCUUUGCUAAUAGCUUUUCUGGGCUUCAUGAUUUUUUGCAAGAGCCAAGGCAACGUUCAUCACUAUGAUUUCGUAGUGGAAGAAAAGAACUUCACGAAGUUGUGCAGCACAAAAAGCAUAUUAACAGUGAACGGGAGCUUUCCAGGGCCAACCAUUCGUGUUCAGAAAGGCGAUACAGCUUUUGUUACUGUCCACAAUAAUGGAACCUACGGGGUCACUAUUCAUUGGCAUGGCGUAAAGGAACCAAGGGACCCAUGGUCAGAUGGACCAGAGAACAUAACACAGUGCCCUAUCCCGCCGGGAACAAGUUUCACUCAGAAGCUGACAUUUACGUCUGAAGAAGGAACUCUCUGGUGGCAUGCUCAUAGCAGUUGGAGUCGAGCCACUGUCCAUGGCGCUAUCCUCAUCUUCCCUGCAAAAAACACCUCUUAUCCUUUUCCUCAACCUCAUGGACAAGAAACAGUCAUCAUUGGGGAAUGGUACAAGGGGGAUGUUCAGCAAAUAAUAAAUUCUGCACUGGUAAGUGGUGGCGAGCCCAACCAAUCUGAUGCUUACACCAUCAACGGUGAACCUGGAGAUUUCUAUAAUUGUUCAAGAGAAACAACGUACCGUUCAUUGGUUGAUUACGGAAAGACCUAUCUCUUUCGCGUAAUAAACUCUGCUAUGAACGAAGAACACUUUUUUGGGAUUGCUCAUCACAACCUCACACUUGUGGGGAUCGAUGCGUCCUACACAAAACCCUUAAAGACCAACUUCAUCAUGAUCGGCCCAGGACAAACCAUGGAUGUGCUUGUCACAGCAGAUCAGAACCCUGAUCAGUAUUACAUUGCCGCUUCUCCCUUUUAUGAUGGAAAUGCAGUCUAUGAUAAUUCCACGACAACGGCAAUUCUUCAGUACAGAAAUUGCACUAAUAAUAAUGAUAAUUAUUCCAAUUCAAAUAAUUUAUCAUCUUCAUCUUCUAGAGCUAUUCCCUUCCCUGUGCUUCCUGCUUUGAAUGACUCAGGGGCAGCGUUUAACUUCAGCAAGAGAUUGAGGAGUUUGGCGAGUAAAGAUCAUCCAGUGGAUGUUCCCAAAAAUGUCAACAGAAGAAUUUAUAUGACAGUGUCUGUAAAUGUGUUGCCUUGCCCUAAUUCAAAUUGUUCGGGUCCUAAUGGAAAUAGAUUGUCUUCAAGCUUAAACAACAUAAGCUUUCGGGUUCCCAACAUCGAUAUUCUACGAGCAUACUAUUGGAACAUUUCUGGGGUAUUCACAGAGGACUUCCCAGAUGAACCGCCGCUGUAUUUCAACUUCACAGGUGACGUGGCAAACAGCACACUAAUCCCAAGUACAGGAACGAGGGUAAUAAUGUUGGAUUAUAAUGAUGAAGUGGAAAUAGUGUGGCAAGGAACGAGUCUUCUCAGUGCAGAGAAUCACCCUCUUCAUCUUCAUGGCUUCAGCUUCUAUGUGGUUGGACUUGGCCUUGGAAAUUUCAACAAUGUCACAGACCCUCUCUCCUAUAACUUAAUCGAUCCUCCAUUAGUUAACACCUUUGGUCUUCCCAAAAAUGGAUGGGUUGCAAUGAGAUUUGUCGCUGAUAAUCCUGGGGUAUGGUAUAUGCAUUGUCAUCUUGAUAGACACACAAGCUGGGGAAUGGAUACUGUUGUUAUUGUGAGAGACGGAGGUACCCCACAAACGAGCAUCCUUCCGCCCCCCAAAUAUCUGCCUCCUUGUUCUUGAAGCAUCUCAUCGCAUGAAGCAACUUUUUAACAAUAUAUAUAUAUAUAUAUAUAUAUGCUAAUUUUUAUGUUUACAAUAAAUUUAAAUAAAAAUUUGCCUAUCAUUUAUGCUAGUUCUAUGUCGUAUUUCAUACACUUAUUUAUUCCAAAAAGAAAAGCAUAUUUUUGCGUUUAUUAGAGAUUAACAAGUGAAAGUAUUCUUUGGUAGUAAAGUAGAUAAUGACAGAGUAACCGAACGGAUAGGACUUUACUCCUUUAGUAGGAUCCACUAUUGGGUCAGCCUCAUUGACUUUCUUAGUCUCUAGGCUUUACGCUUCCAUAUUGCAGGAGAUUUCAACUUCUUUUUUUUUUAAUGAAUUUUAUUUGGA